GUGGGUGGUGGGAGGUGGAGGUGUGUCAGGAGAGCGCAGUAGUGGAUCAUGGGGAUAAACGGAGUUUGUUUUGGACGGGAGGGGUAACGGGGGUAAGAGCGGCAGAGACCGUGAGAGAAUCAGCGGCCAGUAACGACCUUCAUCUGGACGGAACCACGACGAAACCACGAUGUCCUCCCACCGUCUUCCUCACACCCUCUGGGUCCUGCUGCUCCUCUGCAUCUCAGCAGUGCACACGGCAAAAUGUCCACAGCAGUGCGUCUGUGACCAGAUCCAGCUCACUGUGGCCUGUGUCAACAAGAACUUGACCCAAGUUCCAGCUACCGUUGAUGAGAUCACAGUGAAAUUGGAUCUUCGAAGUAAUGACAUCCAGGAACUGCCCACCGGGGCUUUCAAACACACUCCCUACCUGACUCACCUGUCUCUGCAGCGCUGUAACAUCCGUAGGGUGAAGGAGGGGGCUUUCCGCGGCCUUGGUCGCUUAGUCUUCCUCAACCUGGCUAACAACAACAUUGAUAUCCUCUACCAGGAAUCAUUCGAUGGUCUGUCCUCGCUGAAGCAGCUCAUGAUUGACCGGAACCGUGUAGAAGAGAUCCAGCCAGGGGCUUUCUCUCAGCUGGGCUUCCUCAACUUGCUCUCCAUCACACACAACCAGCUCGUCUACAUCCCCAACAUGGCCUUCCAGGGUUUGCAGAACAUCAAGUGGCUUCGUCUAAGUCACAACUCCCUAAACUACCUGGACACGGAGGCCUUUGCUGGUCUGUUCACGCUCACGCGGCUCAGUCUGGACCACAACGAGAUACAGUUCUUCCCCACUGAGACCAUGACUAGACUGCCAGAGCUGACUCGUCUCGAGCUGAGCUACAACCCCAUGACGUACCUGGGAGAGGAGGUGGUGUCCAUGGCCAAGCUGACCCAUCUCUUCCUGGACCACAUGUCCCUACAGGAUAUGGCCAACACAGCUGUAUCAAAAUCCCCCAACCUCAUCCACCUGGACAUCAGUCAUAACCAGCUACGCGUCAUCCAGCCGUUCUCUGAAGGCACACCCAACCUUGCACGCCUCAACCUGGCUGGGAACCCCAUCUACUGCAACUGCUACCUACGUCCUCUAAGAGAGUGGGCGAUCCGUGGCAAAGUGAAGCUGAUGGGGACGUGUGGAGGACCGGCCCAUCUCUCAGGGGAAAACCUGGAGGCGGUUCAUCCUCCAGAGAUGCGCUGCCAGAGCCAGGAGGCCAUGCUGAAGGCAGAGUUCGAGGAAGCAAACAGGUUCAGGCCACCACCUACUGUAGAGCCGGAGAAUAAGGUCAAAUGUCCAGCCAACUGCGUCUGUGAGGCAGUAGAACACCACUCUUCAUGUGAGAACCGCGGUCACACCAAAGUGCCUCGAGGUUUCUCCCCCGACACACGUCUCCUGGACCUUCGUGGCAACAACUUCCACUACAUCCCCAGCAACAGCUUCCCUGGCGUCGCCCAGGUCGUGUCCCUGCACCUGCAGCGCUGCAAGAUCGUGGAGGUGGAAGGAGGGGCAUUCAGUGGGAUGAAGGGACUCAUCUACCUGUACCUGUCUGAGAAUGAUCUCACUUCCCUCAGCCCCGAUGCCUUUAAAGGUCUGCCUCAGCUGACCUACCUCCACCUGGAGAAGAACCGCUUCACCACCUUUCCCAAAGCAGCUUUCAACCUUGUGCCCAGUCUGCUGGCGCUUCACUUGGAGGACAACAGCAUCACCAAGCUGGAGCCUGGGAUACUGACAGGAGCUGAAGCUCUCAGAUCCCUGUACCUCACUGGGAACGCCAUCGAGAAUGUGUCACCCAGGGCUCUGGACCAGGCAAAUGACCUCGAUAUGCUCCACCUUGGUGGAAACAAGCUGACGGAGGUGCCCACUGAGGCACUGAGCAAGGCAGGCAACCUCAGAGACCUGAGGCUGUCCGGGAAUUCAAUUCGCUGGGUGGGGCCAAAUGCAUUUCAGCCCUUGCACAGGUCACUAAAGGAGUUGUACCUGGAUAACAUGGGGCUAGAAAAAAUGUCGCAGAAGUCGCUGGCAGGCCUCGGUCCUGGGCUGAGAAGUCUGUUUCUGGAGGGCAACCAGUUGGAGGAGGUCCCUGACUUCCAGAGACUUACCUCUCUGGAGGUUAUCAACCUGGCUGAAAACCCUCUGAUGUGUGACUGCCCUCUACUGCCACUACGCAUGUGGAUUGAGAAAGUUAACCUCAAGGUACGAGCCACCUGUGCCAAUCCUCCUGAACUGAGGGGUCGAAGGGUCAAAGACGUCCAAGUCUUCAGGGCCUGCCCUGGGGGAGAGAGUCUGCCUGCAGCCCCUACUGUCACCACAACGCCGCCCAAGGCGCCCAAGGCACCCAAGGCAACCAAACCCAAACCGAUGCACCUCAGCGGUUUUCGGCAUGUCAAAAUGCCCAAAGCCAAACCUCGUAAGGGUCCAAACACAAAACGGGGAGCAGCAAAGAAAACCACAAAGAGACGCAGCAUGGCUUGAAUCUGCUGCACCUGGCUUCUGUACUGAAGGGUUGAGACCAAAGCUUCCCAAAACAAAAAACAGAAAACAGACAUUGAACUCUGAUCAUAAAAUGUAAACUGGCACCCCCUCUCAUCACUUUUCAUUCACACCAUUUAUCAACCAGUUAUCUACCAUAUUUCUUGUUGUUCCACUAUGCUGAUUUGAGGUCAAUACGACAGUCACUAGUUAUAGCGUGUGCACCUGAGAAGCUCUACAUGAUGUUCUAGCAUCUCAAAAUGCUAAAAUUAUGUUCACACAUUCAGCAAGGCAGCCAUUUUAUCUGACAAGCAACAAUUUUAGGCUUCAGGCUAGAUAUUCUUAACCACUGCAGCCCCACUUGUAUAGAAAACCACAUCAAAACAGUAAAUGUAUAAGGGUAUUAUUUUUAUCAUUGAAUGCAUAUGUACAAAAGAAAAUAAAAGGUGAAGACUGUCAAACAUA